AUGUUUACUUCAAAGCCGCAACUGACGUCCGAGACGUCACUGGAUGCCCCAGCACCUCCAGUCGUUCACAUUCCCCGUGAGGUUCGACGGUCCAUCAAGGUCAAUGAGGUAUAUAGCAAGGCCUUAGACCAACAUGGCCCUGUGAUCGUUGUCCCUCGACACGGUCGGGACGAGUACAUCAUUGAUCACCGAUACGCCCACGAGGUUCUGACCGAUACCAAGAACUUCACUUUCGAGAAAGCGGUGUUCGAGUUGCUUCACCUAGGCUUCCUGGCCCUGUUCGACAAUGGCGCCUUCGUCCAUGAUGUAGAUAACCUGGUCGAAAAGAACGUCCAGCCUCGCAUGAACGCCAUUAUCGAAAACAUCUUCCCCGUCUUUGAACAAUAUUUCGAUCGCAUGGUGGACGAGCUCCCCAAACUCGCUUUUGGCAAGACGCCCGUCGAGUACCCCGACUUCUUUGAACGAAUCCAACUCGCCGUCGCUCAGGCCAUGGUCGUCGUGAUCCUCGGGCAUGCGCACGCCUCCUCCGUAGCCGCAAGCCAUUUUGCAAUGGUGGCAGUGGCGAUGGCCAACCUGACGGGCAUGCAUGAGAAUACGCACGAGUGGGUGCGGUUCCCGUGGCUCUGGGUGAUCCACAACGGGUUUGCGGCCAUCUUCUUCACCAUUAUCCCCCGGUUUUUUUUCUGCGUCGUACCUGCGCUGUGGAAGACGCGCAAAGAGCACUUGGAGAAUGGCCUCGCCGCGCGACAUGCCAAUUUUGCCCCGCUCUUUGACAUUCUGCUCACCCAACACUACGACGGCAAAACUGGCUUCUCGGCGCUUGCCGGGUUUUUCCGCUGCGUCAUCCUCAGCAUCGGCGUUAUCUUUGCAUCAAUUCACCAGACUGUAGUCGCUGCCUCCUGGGUCCUGGUCACAUUGACGCAGAAGCAGGCUGAGCACCUGCCAGCCCUGCGCCAGGAAUGGGAGACGGUCAACCCGCCGGGCGAGAGCCUGACCGUCAAGAAGCUCAGCCAGCUCGCCUUGCUCGACUCUUUUAUCCGUGAGACCUUGCGCACCAAGGGAGAUUCGUGGGGUCCUGUACGACAGACGACGCAACCCGUCCGCGUGGGGCCAUACGUCCUGCCCAGGGGUGCUAUGUGCAUGGUGCUUAUCGCGCGCGCACAUCAGCACCCCGACAACUAUGGAACAGAGGGAUGUGUAUUCCACGGCUUCCAAUGGUCGGAAAGGGGGCGGUCGGCCGCCCAGGGAAGCCACGAUUUCCUGACUUUUGGACUGGGCCGGUGGGCCUGCCCCGGACGGCAGCUGGCUAUCCACGAGAUCAAGAUCGUGCUCUACAUGUUCUUUUCGAAAUUUGAUAUCAGCCUCAAGGGGAACUGCUUUUGGAUCACAAACACUAUCAACACCACCUCCGUUGCGCCAGAAGCGACCUUGCUGUUGAAGCGGAGGGGCUGCUAG